UGGCUCAGCUGACCGGUUGGUAGGCAGCAGAGGUGGCGCAGUAGAAGCUGCUGGCGCUGGGCCGCCGGGUGAUCUAGUCUGAGUAGUCAUGGCUGGAAAGAUAGAGGCAAAGUUAAAAGGUAACAACACUGUGGCGAGUAUCUUCGAAAGUAUGGAAUAUGGACCUGCCUCAGAAGAUGACAAAGUAGCCCAGGCAUGGCUAGAUGAUCACAAUAGGAAGUUUGGUCAUUUCAUCAAUAACAAGUGGGAGCACCCUGAAGAUCGCAAGACGUAUGAAACUAAAGAUCCAUGUCGAGGUACAGUCUUGGCAUCAACAGUUCAAGGUACCAAAGAGGAUGUUGAUUUGGCUGUUAAUGCUGCCAAAACUGCUUACAAGUCUUGGAGUGCCCUGUCAGGUCAUGCUAGAGCGAGGUAUUUGUACAGUAUUGCUCGUCAUGUACAGAAACAUGCCCGUUUGAUUGCUGUAGUGGAAGCCCUUGACAAUGGAAAAACAAUCAGAGAGACGCGAGAUUGUGACAUUCCUCUAGUAGUGCGUCAUUUAUAUUAUCAUGCUGGAUGGGCACAGCUGAUGGAUAAUGAGAUGAAAGGAUGGAAGUCCAUUGGUGUAGUUGGUGCCAUUGUACCAUGGAAUUUCCCACUGAUGUUAUUAGCUUGGAAAGUGUGUCCAGCUUUAGCAAUGGGAAACACAGUUGUCCUCAAGCCAGCAACAAAUACACGACUCUCUGCUCUACUGUUUGCUGAAAUAUGUGCCGAAGCUGGGUUACCUGCUGGUGUAUUCAAUGUAAUUACUGGAGGAGGAGCAAUGGGGUCUACCCUGGCAGUUCAUCCGGAUGUUGAUAAAGUUGGCUUCACCGGCUCGACAGAAGUUGGACAGAUAUUGAGGCAGGCUACAGCAGGAACUGGAAAAAAGCUCUCUCUAGAACUUGGAGGGAAAAGUCCAGUUGUGGUCUUUGAUUCUGCUGACUUGGACUCUGCAGUUGAAGGAGUUGUCGAUGCUAUAUGGUUUAACCAAGGACAGGUUUGCUCUGCAGGUUCACGUCUUUUAGUACAAGAAACUGUGUUUAGUACAUUCAUUGACAAACUUAAGCUCAGAAUGAAGUCACUUCGGAUUGGUUCAUCAUUAGACAAAACUCUUGAUAUGGGAGCAGUCAUUGAUCCAUGCCAGCAGAAAUUUAUAGCAGAGUAUGUUGAAGAUGCGAGGAAGGAAGGAGCAGAGGUUUGUAUUAUAUUUAUAAUUUUUCUUUAG